UUGUAUAACAACACACUGUGGGUUUUUUUUCAGUGUUGUCCUUCUCUUUUCCUCUCCACCCUUCUGCUCACGUGACUGGACUUUACACUCAUUUACUGAUAAUACGAGCACAGCCAUCUUGUUUGUAAGCCAGAGGCAGAAACAGAAACAAUUCUGUGCUGCAAGGGUGCCCUUGACGUGGAUUUUAGGAAGUACAAACCUGUAUUUGGGUGUUCAGUCCCUGUCAGACUAGCAGCUGAGGCUGUUCUAAUACCUGGAGAACCACAGUAGCCAGUGGGGGAAGCACUUCAUAUUGUUGCCUGGUGGAAACCUUACUUGGCGGGGAGAGAAGUCAAGCAGGGAGGAACAGCAGCAGCAGCAGCAGUAGUGAUGGAGCAUUAGUGGAAACAGCAGCACCUGGGCAAGCAGAACUGAAUGAAACAAGCAGCUGCAUCCAAGAGGAAGAAGAUGGGACUUCUUUUAUUUUUAAUGAUUUUGCAGUGUGCCAUAAAUAAUGUCAAUACCUACAGUGUUUCAAAUCCCAAUGUCGUUUUACUGAUAGCUGAUGAUCUUGGUAUUGGAGACCUGGGAUGUUAUGGGAACAAAACUUUAAGAACACCUAAUAUUGACAGGCUAGCAAAAGAAGGAGUGACACUUACUCAGCAUUUAGCUGCAUCACCACUAUGUACUCCAAGCAGGGCAGCUUUCCUGACAGGGAGAUACCCUAUCAGAUCAGGAAUGGCUGCUUUUUCACGAGUUGGUGUCUUCCUAUUUUCUGCUUCUUCUGGUGGACUUCCUUCUGAAGAAAUAACAUUUUCCAAACUCCUGAAGCAAAGAGGUUAUGCAACAGCUCUAAUAGGAAAGUGGCAUCUUGGGAUGAACUGUGAAAGCAACAAUGACUUCUGUCACCACCCCCUCAGUCAUGGAUUUGAUUACUUUUAUGGGCUUACUGUGACCAACCUUAGAGACUGCAAGCCUGGCCAAGGCAGCGUGUUUUUAAAAGGGGUUCAGAGGUACCUUGUCAUCCUAAUCCAAAUCCUUGGAGUCACCGUGGUCUCAUUGGCAGUAGUGCAUUAUAUUGGCUUCUUCAAAGUACCUUUCCAAGCACUAGGCAUCUGUCUGUUAAUAACCUGUAUUUCACUUGCAGUUUUGAUUUUUUUCUUUUAUCAUUUCCGACACCUGAACUGCUUUUUAAUGAGGGACCAUCAGAUAAUCCAGCAGCCAUUAUCCUAUGAGAAUCUUACUCAGAGGCUGACAACAGAAGCUGUACGGUUUAUAGAAAGGAACCAUAAUGCACCAUUUCUUCUUGUCCUGUCUUAUCUUCAUGUCCAUACUGCUCUAUAUGCUUCAAAAAUGUUCAGAGGAAAAAGCAGGCAUGGAUUAUAUGGAGAUGCUGUGGAAGAAAUGGAUUGGAGUGUAGGACAGAUUCUGGAUGUGCUGGAGAAUUAUAAUCUGAGCAACAGAUCUCUUGUAUACUUUUCAUCUGACCAAGGGGCUCAUAUUGAAGAAAUCUCUAGUUCUGGAGAAGUCCAUGGAGGUUGCAACGGUAUAUAUAAAGGUGGAAAAUCAACUAACUGGGAAGGAGGUAUUCGUGUGCCAGGGCUUCUCCGUUGGCCUGGAGUGAUUCAGGCUGGCACUUAUGUUGAUGAUCCAACGAGUAACAUGGAUAUUUUUCCUACCAUUGUCAAACUAGCUGGGGCACAGUUGCCCUAUGACAGAAUUAUUGAUGGACAUGAUCUGAUGCCUUUACUUCAAGGAAAAGUUAUGCGGUCGAAGCAUGAAUUUCUCUUCCAUUACUGUAAUGCAUAUUUAAAUGCAGUGCGCUGGCAUCCAGGAAACAGUGAAUCCGUCUGGAAAGUCUUUUUCUUCACUCCAAACUUCACUCCUGAGGAUUCCAAUGGUUGCUAUGACUCUCAUGUUUGCUUUUGCUAUGGAGGUUUCAUCACACACCAUGAUCCCCCACUGCUCUUCGAUCUCUCCAGGGACCCUGAAGAGAAAGUCCCACUGACCCCAGAAACAGAGACCCGGUUCUAUGAAAUUCUCAGUGUCAUACAGCGAGCAGUGGAUAACCACACCAGAUCGCUUCAAGUUGUCUCUGACCAGCUGUCCUGGAACAAUCUUGUCUGGAAGCCAUGGCUACAGCUGUGUUGCUCAUCCUUCUUUCAGUUUUGCUACUGUGACUAUGACUCAGAAAACAGCCUGUCAGAGGUUGCUAGUGGAAGGUCAUUCUUGUGUUAAUUCUAAGCAACAAGGUUAAACAAAUAGAUUCCCCCACACUCAGAUGUGCUGAAACAGAAGAUCUCAGGGGUAGUUUCAGAAAAAUUCAGAGUCUUGAAGUCCCACUGGAUUCUGGGACAAAGGACAACUUCCAUGGUCAUCAAGAACUUCUGUGAUAAGUCUUCGACCAUUCCUUAAAUAAAAUGAAAGAAAUGUUUAAAUUUGAUUUCAUCAAACUAUGGUGGUCAGUGUUUUAAUAGGCUAAUAGUAUUAUAAUAGACAAAAUACAUUUGGGGGCAGAUACAUCUUAAUUUAAUAGAGUUGAUGAUUGAGAUGAAGAAAGUACUCAUUACUUCACCUACAUGAACAAUAUUUUAUGUUUGGAUCAGUGGCUAUUUGAAUUUUCUUCUAUAUUUAUCUGAAUGGAAGACAUUAACAGUAACAGAUUCAGAUUUUAUGAACUCACUGCUCUGAUCUAGGACUGAAAAUACAAUAUAUGCAUCUUUUUGUAAUUUUGUUUAAAAAAACAUCUGUGCUUAGGGACACAGACUUUUGUCUUGAUAUGAAUAUCUGAGUCACUAAGUCCAUUUUCUGAUUUAUCCCCCCCUCUUUAACCUUGCUCUUUGUUUACUUUCAUUCCAAUGCAACAUCAUGACCCUAAGCACCUUUGAAAAAUGUAAUUUUGUAAAAUUCUGAACACUACUAAAAAGGAACUUCUGAAUAGAAUAGCAAAUAAUUUUGCUUAGCAACAUAAAUUAACCAUUGUUUGGUUCUGUGCGAUAAAAGUUGAAUAGUAAAACAGUAGUCAGGUUAGCUCACUAAAAAAAUCUAAUUCUGUUAUUCCUCAAUUAUGCUGAUAUCUAAGUACAGCUCUAACAAAAAAUGAGGUACAUUAACAAAGUAUCUGACAUACACAACACAUAAACAACAUUUUUUCUCAGGAAUGCUAAAAGCAUACACUGAACUCUAUUUUUAUGAAUUAUUGUCACUGUAGCUACUAUAGAGCACAGACAAGUGAUGAAACACAAUAUAUCCAAGAAGUAAUAGUUCCAAAGGAAGAUGCACAUUUUCUUUGACAGAAACAAAAGAUAACUGUCUCACUUAAUGUUUGUUCCAGUAUCUAACAGUUCUUAAUAAAAGGAUGGACAUAUAUAGAUAAAAAAGGGAUAUUCCAUAAGGCAAGAACAAAUGUAGGUAUUUCUAAACCUUCAUUGUGGGAAUCUUUUUUGGAACGUAAAAUAGUGGAAAAAGUUCAGAGUUUAAGCAGCAUACUCUCCAUUCUUAUGCAUUAUUAACUGUUUUUAAAAAAGUAGCAUGUCCAUGUCAACAUCUAUUAGAACAAUUGAAGCACGUUAAUCUGUUUAAGGACUGUCAUAUCAUGAAGCCUACCCAAAGCAACUGAUUGUUUAGAAGAGAUAAUUCGCAAUUUUUAGUGGGCUGUUUACAAGUUCCACUAAUCAUCUUAGAUGAGAAUCAUGCCUGAUGAUUACAUCCCCCAACAAUGGUUAUUUUGUCCACGUUUCAAUAUUCAUUUGCUUUUUAUUAUUUCUAAUAGAAAUUAAUUGGAAUAAAUGUGUGUCAAACAGUUUAGAAGUCAAUAACCUGAUUUUUGCCAAACAAUUAAUUUCAGUUUCACAGAAAUGUCUCUCCAUAUUUUUCACCUGGUUUUGCCCCGUGGUCUCAUUUUGCAAUGUAUGAAAGUCAUUAUCUGCCUAUAAACCCUGGUUGUAAAAGGCUAGAGUACAGCAAAAAGAAUUUAUUCAAAUUUUAGGGAAAAAAAAAAAAAAAAGUCAUAAACAUGAUAGUUGUUAAGAUGUAAAUGGUUUAUAACUCACCAAUUAACAGCUACAUUCCACUGAAUAUGUUGAGCACAUUGUGUGUGGUAUGAAGAUACGGUGAUUUGAAAAGUAGUUACAACGCUUACAGAAAAUACAUUUUCAGUUAACCACAUGGCCCAUAGGACUUAGUCUAGUAUUAGAUAUAGGACUCCUAAGUCCUUAUCAGCAGGGCUGCUAGCAAGGAUUACUUCUCCCAGUCUGUAUACAUAUUUGGGAUUACCCCAAUCUAAGUGCAACACCUUGCACUUUGCUCUGUUGAACCUCAUUAGGUUCACAAGAGCCCACCUUUCUAGUUUAUUAAGGUCCCUGCGGGUGGCAUCCCUUCCUUCUGCUGUACUAACUGUAUUGCUCAGCUUGGUGUCAUGAGCAAACUUGCUGUGCAUGCACUCAAUCCUGUCAUCUAAGUCACUGAUAAAGAUGGUAAAGAGUAUCAGUCCCAAAAUGGACUUCAGAGGGACACCACUUGUUACCUGUACGCAGAGCCACUGACCCCAACACUCUGGCUGCAACUUUCCAGCUAAUUCCUUAUCCACCAAAUAGUCCACCCUUCAAAUCCGUGUAUCUCCAAUUGAGAGAUAAGGACAUGGUGAGGGACUAUAUAAAAGGCCUUCUAGAAGUUCAGGUAGAUGACAUCACUUACCUUCCCUUUGUCCACUGAUGCCAUCUUUCCAUAUAGAAGACCAUCAGAUUGGUCAGGCAUGACCUUUCCUUGGUGAAGCCAUGCUGGCUGUCUCAGAUCACUCACUUGUCCCUCAUGUGUCUUAACAUGUCUUCCAGGAGGUUCUGUUCCAUGAUCUUCCCAGGCACUGAGGUGAGAAUCACUGACGUAUAGUUUCCCAGGUCCUCCGUCCUCCAUUUCUGGUAAGUAUGAGUGAUGUCUUCCUUUUUCCAGUCCCCAGGAACUUUGCCCGAUAGUCAUGAUUUUUCAAAUAUGAUGCAUCUUGGCCACCACAUCAGAAAGCUCCCUUAGACCCUGGGAUGCGUAUCACCUGGCCUUGUGGACUUGUACAUAUUCUGCCUCGUGAGGCAGUCUCAGACUUGUUCUGCCCUUACAGUGAAGGGAAGUUUGCUUCCCCCGUUCCCAUCUGAGGUUCAGAUCCAGGGAUGCAAGGUUCAUGGAUGUGAGAAUCCUGGCUGCCAGUGAAGUCUGAGGCAAAGAACUCAUUGAGUACCGCAGACUUCUGCUGCAGCCAGUUAUCCUUUCCCAUUUAGCAAAGGAGUUACAUUCUCUGGCCUGUCUCUUCUGAUUUUUGUACCUAUGGGAAACCCAUCUUGUUUUUUUUAACAUCCCUCACCAAGCACACAAGUUCUGUGCCUUGGCAUUUCUAAUCCCGUCUCUGCAAGUCCAGACAUCAUCGCUGCAUUCUUCCCAGGUGAUACACCCUUGCUUCCACUGUCUGUCCUUGCCCUUCUUUUCCUUCAUUUUGACCAAAAGGCCUUGCCAAACCAUACCUGUUUCCUGCCUUCCCUGCCUGCUUUCUUAAUCUGAGAGAUGGAAAGCUCUUGCACUCUCAGAAAAGCGUCCUUAAAGGGAGCCAGCUUUGUUCCACUCCUUUGUCUCUAAGGACAUCUUCACAGAAGAUUUCAUUCAACAAUUCCUUAAACAACAUAAGAUUUGCCCUUACUGCAUUUAUAAUGAUAUGAGUAACACCAGUGGUGAAGCAUGCACAGACUAUUGCUAAGGAAUGUGCUGGACAGGGAUUAUAGUUCUGCUCAUCCAUUUCCUUCUUCCAGCAGUCAUCUCACUAAAAGUUACUGCAGCAGCUGGCAGAAACAUUUAGUCACAUGAUGGUGUUCUCAAAAUAUUUAGCUGGGUCUUCAAACCUGAUCAUUCAAAUGCAGUAAUUAUUUGAGUAUGAUAAAUGUAGAUGUACUUUUUUUUUUUUUUUUUUUUUUUUCCCUCAAAGAAUCUUAACAUUUUUCUAAGGACUAAUACAGAACCAGUUUCCAGUUUGCAUCUCCCAUAUUCAGACUCUUGUCCAGCCAUGAACAAUGCAGAUAAUUGAUGCAUCUUGAGGUGAAGAGCUUUUCUGUCAUUGUCACUUUGAUUGAACAAACAAGAUUCCUAAGUGCAGUAUAAGAAAGGACUCUCAGCUUUCAAAGAAAAGUGGAAAGAGGAUGUGAGAAUGGUGUGACAGAAAAGUUUUUUUCCUUUAAAAAAAAAAUCAGUGCAUUUUUUUUCCUUUUAUACUAUAGCAAUUUUCUUCAUUUUCAUCAUCAACAAGAAGCAGCUUUUUCUAAUGAAGAGAUGAAAACCAUUACCAACUUUAAGAAUUGAUUAACAGGAGAUAUUCAGGUGGAAAGUUAGGGAAGGAUAUGAAUGAGUUUCAGGAGGAAAAUUUAAUCACUGCUUCAGAAGAUACACCUGUGCAAUUAAAUGAACCAGUAGCUAAUCCCUCCUAGCUGGUAGAUGUCCCUUACAAAACACUCUGAAAGAAGCAUUUCUUUCCUUUCCUGUAUGCUGUGAUUAGAUGAAACAUUGCUGAAGUCACAGCUAUAUAGCAAUAUUGAUUAAUUUGAAAUUUGUUGUUAUACUGAUAUCACUUAAAAAAUAUGCCUCAGAUCUGAGAGUAGGAAGGUAGGAAAGGAAAUGUGGAAGAUACAAAGGAUUUGUGCAGGAAUUGAUCUGGUUAGAUACUUUUAGAGAGGCAGCAAACAAGUUGAGUGAGAAGAGCUGCUAACAAAAAUGUUGAAGAUGAGAGGGAAGAAAGACCUGAAUAUAUAAUGAAAACAACAGAAUAAAACAGAAAAUACAGCAGAGAAACAAAAUCAUCACAGGCAUAUUUUUUCCAAUAGAAUAGAAGGCAGUCAUAUUUCAGUCCUAAAAAAAGUGGAAUUAAUAUUUCUAUCAGUCCUUUGAAUUCAACUUAUUUAUAAAUAAACUUGGACUACGUGGUUUCCCUAGUUGCAUUAGCUUUUCAUCAUUCAAGCCUAUAUAUAGUGAAAAUACUUAAGUUCAUAAUGAAUGCAUUCAAGGAGAGCCAGCCACCAAGUUGCAACACUAAGAAAUUUGGAGAAAAUACUUCAGAGCUUUCCAUACAGUUGAGUUUGUCUAAUGAGAAAAUAAUUUGAGAAACUAUUGUCAUGAAUUUAAGCUAACCUACUGUUAGGAGUCCUUUAAAAACAGGUUACAGAAACCACUGUGCAUUGCUGCCUGUUCAACCACAUUGUUCUCAUCUUUUCCUCUGUGUCCUUGUAUCAGCAAGAUUAAAUAACACUGACAGUUAAAAAGCCUUGGUUUAACUUGCAUAGAUAUAUCUGGAGAUCCAUGCCAGAUUUGAGUUCAUUUAAGAUGCUGCUUGACAACCUGAUCCUUUGAACUCAAUCUGUACUUGGUCUUGCACCUCCACGUUGCCAUGGCUCCCAGAUAAAAUAAUGUAGCUAUUUUACCCUAAAGACACACUAACAGCUACAUAUUCCAAAGAGGUCUCCUCUUAAAUGUACCUUCUGGUAUACUAAUGCAGUUACUCCUUUCAUGCACAAGCAUGUACAUCAUUAAGUUUCCUUUAUAAGCCUUCAGAAUAUCCUUUGGAAAAAAAAAAAAAAAAAAAAGAAAGAAAAAAAAAGGAAAAAAUAUAACUUGAAUCUUUAAAACUCCAUUAAAAUUAUUGUUAUGAUCUCUACCCUAUUAACCUUUAUGAUCUCAUUUUCCACUGUUGCUGUUAAAUUGCUUCCUUUAAGUUGCCAGAACAGGUAACAUUGGCAAUAUGUUCUUUGUUUUACCUGCAGUAUCCAUGGGUAAAAGUGAUUCUAACAAGUCUUCGACAGUAAUUAUGAUCACCUAAGAAAAUGCUACACUCAUCCUUCUGUAAGAUGCAGGAGUGGUAAAGUGCUUAUCACUGUCAUACAGAAUGAAACGCUCUUUGGAAUAUCAUAAAAACGAUGACAGAAAUAAAUAUACAUAUCAUAUACUAGGAAUCUAGGUGCAUAAAUGGAUUUUUAUUGUAAGCAGUUUUUCUUCAAAGGAAAAGAAUUUAAAAUGUAUCAGAAAAUGAUUUCUUUAUGAAAGAUUUGAGAUGCAGGAGGUAUUUGAAAGCUUUGCAAUGUCAUGUGGUUAAGAGAAAGUCAUGAUUACUACUUAUAGAGUAAGCAUUUAAAAUUAUUUUGAAAAUGUUUACCACACUAGUUUAAAUUCAAACUGUGAUAUGUGGCCAUGGUGGCAAGCAUUUCUCAGCAAGCAUCAAGUUUUCAAAGAACUAUCUAUAGUGAAGCAAAGUGUUCAUACGAAUGUGGGCAGUUUAUGACUAAGGUACAAGGGAGUCAAGCUGACUUGGUGAAUUUUGUUUUCACUAUGAAACCUUUUGUUGUAUAAUUACAGGGGAGAAAAAAAUUCAAUCAGUCAUGUUGGAUUUGUUCUUAAUUUCAAAUUAAACUUGUUGUUUGUUUCUUUUUUUUCUUGGACUAUUCUUCUACCUUUUUCUUUCUUUUCUCCUCUUACCCCUCUUUUUUUUUUUUUUUUUUUUUUUUUUUUUUUUUUUUUUUUUUUUUUUUUGAGGGAGAGAGAGAGAGAGAGAGAGAAGGGGUGAGAAAAAAUUAUUUCCCUUUUUGACAUAAAUAUGAGUAUGUUCUAAUGAAAGUAUUUUUUCCCCCACUUCUUCCACUAAUAAAAAUGCAACAACAAUUUUUCUGGCUAGUAACUCACUGUUGCCUUUCCUCUGUUUUUUGAGAGAAGCUGUUAUGUUUUAUGUCCUGAAGGCAUUAAUGUAAGUAAAGAGGAAAGAGUUAUGUCAGGUGCCUACAAUCAGGAGUACAAAUCGAUGUAUCAGUUUAUAAGUAAAAGGAGAUCAUUUUCCAGAUACUAAAGUACUCCCAGCUAUCGGUGACUUAACUCUGAGAGCUAGAUACCAUAUGUUUUGCUAUCAGAUGAUACAUUUUGUUGUAAUGCAAUAUUGCUUAAAAAGACAUUUCUUAUCCAGUUUAGGUUUUUAUUCUCCAAGAAAUACAAAGCUUUAUCUCUGUUCUAGUAUAACAGGCAUUUUGGUUGUUUUUAUUACUGCUUAUGAGUGUUACCUGCCCUCUACACCUUACUUUUAGAAUCAUACUGUGAAUCCUACGCUCCUUUAAGGUCUUUCAAGAAAACAUUAAUUUAGUGUUCAAGAUGCAUUAUCGUUUCUUUUAAAGUUUCAGUAAGGCACUCUAUCUCUGUAACACAGUUAGGUCCAAUUCAGUUCAGUGUUAGAUAACAGAUUCUUGAAAAAGAUUACAGAAACAGAGCAAAACCAUAGAGCUAAGAAAUUAAUCUCUAUCAUAUGAAAUAUUUUUACCACAUAUGUAUCUUCGAAUUUAUAGAUGGGGUCAGUGGCCUCUCACAUAAAAGAUACAAGAUAGCAAACAGCUGUAUACUUCUUCCUGGAGGAUUCAUCAGAUACAAUACUGAUUACUGAUGACGAGAAAGAAGAGAAUGUGGGGUGAGGUUUUUUUUUCCUCUGUAGGAAACCAUAAUCUUUUGUUUAGAAUACUGAAACAGACCAAUUUCCUAAUUGAAUUGUAACUAUUCUGCAUUAUUAUGAUAUAUAAUAAACUUCUAAAAUCCAA